AUGGCGGUGGCGGCCCCUGGCCAGCUCAACCUCGACGAGGCCCCCUCAUGGGGCUCCCGCAGCGUCGACUGCUUCGAGAAGCUGGAGCAGAUCGGCGAGGGCACCUAUGGACAAGUGUACAUGGCGAAGGAGACGGGCACCAACGAGAUCGUCGCGCUCAAGAAGAUCCGCAUGGACAACGAGCGCGAAGGGUUCCCGAUCACCGCCAUACGCGAGAUCAAGAUCCUGAAGAAGCUUCACCACCAGAACGUUAUCAAGCUCAAGGAGAUCGUCACCUCCCCAGGCCCAGAGCGGGAUGAGCAAGGGAAGCCAAUUGAGGGCAACAAGUACAAGGGGAGCAUUUACAUGGUUUUCGAGUAUAUGGACCAUGACCUCACCGGGCUUGCUGAUCGGCCAGGAAUGCGGUUCACUGUGCCACAGAUUAAGUGUUACAUGAGGCAGCUGCUUACAGGCCUGCACUAUUGUCAUGUCAACCAAGUUCUGCAUCGAGAUAUCAAAGGAUCUAACCUCUUGAUAGACAAUGAGGGUAACUUGAAGCUUGCUGAUUUCGGCCUUGCAAGAUCAUUCUCGAGUGAUCACAAUGGAAACCUUACUAACCGUGUGAUCACUUUGUGGUAUAGACCUCCAGAGUUGCUACUUGGAAGCACAAAGUAUGGUCCAGCCGUUGACAUGUGGUCAGUGGGCUGUAUUUUUGCAGAACUUCUCAAUGGGAAGCCAAUAUUGCCUGGAAAGAAUGAGCCAGAGCAGCUGACUAAGAUCUUCGAGCUUUGUGGUACCCCUGAUGACCAAAUCUGGCCUGGUGUCACAAAAAUGCCAUGGUACAACAACUUCAAGCCUCCCCGGCCAUUAAAGAGACGAGUUAAAGAGUUCUUUAAACAUUUUGAUCGGCAUGCACUGGAACUGUUAGAGAAGAUGUUGACUUUAGAUCCAUCACAGAGGAUAUCAGCAAAAGAUGCACUUGAUGCAGAAUAUUUCUGGACUGAUCCCUUACCAUGCGAUCCAAAGAGUUUGCCCAAGUAUGAGGCAUCACAUGAAUUCCAGACAAAGAAAAAGCGUCAGCAACAAAGGCAAGCAGAGGAAGCUGCAAAGCGUCAAAAACUUAAUCAUCCUCCACCACAUUCUCGUUUGCCUCCAAUCCAGCAGCCUGGCCAAGCACAUCCUCAAAUCAGGCCUGGCCAGGGUAUGCACAAUGUGCCUCCUGUGGCAGCUGGCCCAGGCCAUCACUAUGCAAAGCCCCGAGGACCAGGAGGUCCUAGCCGGUAUCCUCAGGGUGGGAAUCAAGGGGCAGGCUACAAUCCGAACCGUGGAGGGCAGGGUGGUGGCUAUGGCAGUGGCCCGUAUCCCCAGCAAGGACGAGGACCUCCUUACCCUGGCGGUGGAAUGGGUGGAGCAGGUGGUCUGCGGGGCAGUGGUGGCAGUGGCUAUGGAGCUGGCGGGCCAAACUACCAACAGGGUGGCCUCAUAUGGUGCGUCCGGUCCAGGUCGAGGACCAAACUACUCUCAAGGUGGCUCCCGCAAUCAGCAACAGUAUGGGAACUGGCAAUAAUAUGGCAGGCAGUAUCAUGCCAUUGA